GUGUGCAGCUACACCAGCGACCUGGGCGCAGGAAUUCGCCCACAGACCCCGGACACGCGGUCGCCGUCCGCCCUGUCCACGGAGACCUUUGGCGACGGUCGGGACACUGACGAGGCAAGUACUCCGAGGAAUCUGUGGCCAGCGACACCAACUCCUUCGCCGAGGUAUUUGGAGGCACCUCUCAGCUUCCUGAUGCCAAUCGUGCCGGGCCCUCGCACGGACUCGAUGGUGUCAGCCUGCCAGGACCUGGAGAGCCGAUAUACUCAACUGAACGUAAACGCGAAGGCUUUCGUGCCUGCCGGAAACUACAACUGCACUCCUCUUGGUCAGAGGUUCCAGGCUCCUAGUGACCCAGAACCAGUGGCAAACACUGCACAAGGUGUCGCCGCGGAAGUCAACGAGGAGCCGCACGUGCCGAGCAGUGUAAGCCAAGGAGGCUUUGCGAGCAGCUUAGAGGUCCCAAACAUGGGAUCAGCGCUUCACUCCGCAGGUGAAUGCAAGCCCUGCGCGUGGUUUUGGAAGUCCAGAGGCUGCACGAAUGGAUAUGCCUGUGAUUAUUGCCAUUUGUGUCCUUCCGGCGCCUUGAAGGAGCGUAAGAAGGCGAAAGUUGCAGCAAUUCGAUCAGGCGUCCUGGCUCCACAGGGUCCUGCUCGAGACCGAAGCUCAAGCUGUAGCUGA